AUGGCUGAUAGCCGGACGCUCUAUUUGAGUUCAAUGUGGUCACUGGAGGACCGAGGGAUUUCAGAAUUCCGAGACAAGCUCAAUGAGUUGAAUCCCGGUGCUUCGAUCAAGGUCCAAUAUCAACCUGAUAAGCAUUUCUUGAUUGUCACUGGUCAGUUUGAUGAUGAAUUUGCUGUCGAAAUCACAUCCCUGUUUGCAACUUAUAUCGAAGAGCAUCGCAAUGAUGAUCUACUUGAGAUGCCGAGAGUCCAGCAGCUUCGGAACUCGAAAACCUUCGAUCCCAAUCCUCUUCUUGACGACGGAAGCGAUGCGCAGCCAGGGGUGGAAACCCUAGUCGAGGAAAUUAUGCCGACACAACCCACUAGCGAUGGACCCGUUGUCAAGUUCUGGUAUCCCUCUCAGGUGGGAUUGGGUCCCAUAUCCUAUGACUCAGGCCCUUUACUACGUCGAAUUUCCGAAAUGACAGAAACACAAAUUGCAGUGCAGGGACCCCGAGGGCUCCGUAUUUCUGCACAACACAUGGACAACAUCGAGGAGGCAAUGGAUAUACUCUACUCCCUUGAAGAGUGCUUGGAUCUCAUUGAGAACCAAAACCGAGGGCUGAUCAUCCUUGCUCCCAAACGGGAAAACGCUACCUUUCGCGUCAUGACAUAUGCACAGAUCAGUGCCACUGCCUUGUGGCGUAUUUUAAUCGACCGAAAUACCUCUCUUCGUCUCCCAAAUGUAAUGACUCUGGUGGUUUGUGAAUUCGACGAGCUCGCUAACGAAUUCCGUCCACUUCGCAAACUUCGGCAGCCGCCGCAAGUGGCCCUGAAGGAAGCGAGCAUUACUCAAGAUUGGGAAGACUAUCAUUUUCCAGAGAUAGGUCCAAAAAAUGACCCCCACCUAGGGAAUAUCGAUCGGCACCUCCCGCCUAAAAGUGAGACCUCUCUCGAGAGGAGCGAUGCUCAGCACCCAUAUCUCUCUACUGGGAAGGCAAAAGAUGUCGACAAAUGGAUUUCUCGGGGUGUCGCUAAACGGCCUUUGGCAACCGACAGUCGUACAAAGACACCACUGGGGGAUGAGCCCACCUCGCCUGAGGUUGUUGGGUCCAAGCCUCCACCCGAGUCCAGCGUUUCCGCACCACGGGACCAGAGACAGUCCGGUCCAUUCAAGUCCAAUCCUGCCGGCGUCAAGGGACGUGUGGUUAUGCGACCAGAUGGAACUGUAGCACCCUCUAGCCAGCCUCGACAAGAGAAGCCAACAGACACCCCUGGUGAACCAGUCGCCUCCCUGUUUAGCAGACUCAGCCAUAGGGAGAGAACGAGGGAGCAACAUGUAGCCCGUCCAUCUGUAUCAGUCCCUCAACAAACAGCCGUCGGUAUUGUUCGUAGCGCGGAUGACUCCACUGCUCCCAAUGCAGGUUCCAAACAAUCGGAAACAAGGUCUAAGGAAACCGGUCCUGUGACUUCUACCUCUCCUACCUCUACGCAGGAACCGAAAUCAAUUGCCACCCCGCGUCUCCCAGUUCUGCCCACUCAUCUGGGUGCAGCACCCAAGCAGCCGGAAGACAAGUCAGAUGCAGCUGAUUUGGCUAUCUCCCCAGCGAACAAAGAAGAGAAGCCAGAUAGGACUCUGCCCCAACCAAUUCGCUCUAUUUCUCCAAGAGUCGUCAAGGCUCACCCUCUGGGAAUACUCGAUGUAGUGCAUUCACAGGUGAAUACAACACCUCAAGGGCGAAGUGUCGAUUCAGUGAUGGAUGAUAUAAGGCUAAUCCUUGAAAAGACCAAGACCUCGAGGGAAACUCGAAUGGAGGAAGCUUCCAGCAAGCCAAAAAUAACGGAUCAAAAACACCCAAGCACCACAUCCACUCAGCUGGAUCUCAGCAAAGAGACCAUAGAAGACCUCAGCCCUCUCAUUGAUCUUGAUUGGGAAUUGAAGAGCCCCGAUAGUGAUUUGCAGCACAUUGUUGCGUUCGAUUUGCCAGCUACAGCCCUAUCAAGCGGUCUGGAGCAGUCUACAGAUGUUCAACAUGACCAAUCCCAGAAUCGCGAGGCUAUCACUUUUACUCAACCUGAUGAUAUUUUCGAUACGCCCAAUAUCGAGGAUACAACUACGCGGCGUUGGCCAACUCAGAUGAUUCCCCGAGAGACGACUCCGGCCUCUGCUACUAGCGAGCCUGCUAAACUAGGGCCCGCUACAGUUGUGUCAUUGCCUGAUCCGGAUGUUGCUGGCUCUUCUAAGGUGAAUGACGUAUUUGAAGACGAACAGAUCCCUAAACAGGCUCCUGAAUUCCGCAGCAAGGCCGAUGAAGUAGCAUUCAGAUAUCUGCUCCGGCAGAUCAAGGACAAUCCUACCCCGGCACCUACCCCGGAAAUUCCUAGCAUUGAGGAGAUUUCGAUACCCCUUAAUGUUAGCCUAGUUGAUUCUACACCUCGAACACUGUCUUCUGCCUCGGGUUAUAUUGCUCCGCGUGGUGAUAUUCAGCAACGCCAAAACCCUGGCUGGGGAGUUGAGAAGGUACCGUUUCUUCACACAGAUCUCAUUGAUAUCUCGCCUCAGAUGCUUUCUACUCGCUCGGGUAAUGUCUCUUUGCAACAAUCCGACUCCAAAAACGAGGAGCAAGAUGCGGAAACAGAAGUCGGCGAAAAUCUGGCUAUCUCAGAUGAGACUCGGACAAGACAAUUCCGCGAGACGAUGUUCCAUCAGCGGCCUCCCGAGAAGGCUUUUCAUUGGGUGGAUGAGGUGACCAAAGUGGUGAAAAGGGCAAAGAUUGAAGCCCGCACUGCUAAUACCCAGGAGCGAAAGGAAAACAUUGAAACCAAUGCAGAGAACAAGGCAAAGGUUCAAGCCCCCAUUGUUAAUUCCUGGCACCGAAGAACAGUAUCUAAGUCAACACAAGCACAGUCACCAAGAAGCAUUGCUUUUCCCACGAAGGCGGUUGUGAAAUCAUCAAAAGAAAAGAAGCUUGCUCAGGACUCAACAGAGUCUCUGUUUCGAUUCCUUCAACCAAUUCUUGAUGCAGUCCGCAGCUUUCCAGGAACUUUGAGCCUUCAAUUCCAGUUCGGUCUUAUGUUCAUGCCCAGUCUGCCAGCUUCAACCAAAGAGAAGGAGAUGAGUUACAGGGAAGUUCACCAGCUGUUCUUCUCUGAUAAUAACUUGACACCGCCUCCAACAUCAUUCUUCGAGCGCCUGACUUCGUCUCCUGUAGACAUUGACUACCUCGUCGAUUUGGAGGUCAAUCAAUCUCGCCUGUUCGACCAAAAGUACAACCACCGAGGCGCAAAGUACGAGUUCUGGUGCCGCGCUGUUCCGAACAGAACCAUUGUUAUUUCAGUGAAUGAAUAUGGACAUGCUAUGAUUCGCUAUCCUGAGGUCUCCCUAGGCACAGUGCACUUGAGUUUCCCUUCACAUGUCUGGGACGCAGCUGCUAGGGUACAAGGCUUCAUUGAAUACAUUACGGGUGCUGACCCGGAGCUUGACGAAGCUGCACGAACAAUGGCGAAAAGCAUCCGGGUAGAACCAAACAAUAAACAUCUCCGCAUGUUGGUCUGUCUUCCGCCUGCGUCAAAGAUCAAAAUCGAGAAGGUGUUCAUGGAACGGUGGAGUCGUCACCGUUACCGCUCGGAAAAGAGUAAGAACCUGUUUCUCCAAAUCAGCGAAACCCAAGAACUACUUGCCACCCCGUCUAUCCUAGAUCCAGGUAUCAUGGUUUUGCAAAACGGCCCGCUUGAGGAAAUGGUCAAGGAUGGAAAACAGUGGUGGCAAGCCUCCAUUGUCAGCAGCAAAGUGGACGACAUCUUGAAAUCGAAUUCCUUCGUUGAACCUGGUGAUCGCAAUGAGUCCUGGUGUGCGACAGAUCUCCUCGGUGCAGAUAUUACGAAUGUGAUUCCCUCUACUGCAAACCAGGAGCUGAGUACCCUCGGAGCUGAAGUCGGCCAUUCGGGAAUUGGAGCAAUGUUACAGCUUGCCAAAACUGUCGUGCAGAAAAUCGAUCCUGUCGGAUACUGGAACAGAGGUCCUGCCAGUCUUGAUAGACGCACUAACACGUCGAAUGACCACAGUCAGAGUGGUGCGGGCACGGUCAAGGAGUCGUCCAAUUACUUGGGGAAGUCAUUAGUACCCUGGGCUCCACCAGCUGGAAUCAAAGAGAAGCGCAAGUGGUGA